AUUAUUAUCUCAAGAAUGGAGCUUCCUGUGCAACAACAAGAGCUGAAUCAAAACCUGUUUGGCCUCUGGUACCUCACCAGACCCCAGAAAAAGUUAAUGAAUGCUUGAACUUUCAUAAUACAGUUCUUUAUUAUAUUAGGAUUCUUCAUUCUCGAAGAAUCGAACAUCCUGAUGCUCAUUAUGACAUCAAUGAUGCUCUAUGGCAUGAGGUUAUGGUGGAUCUGGUGGUGCGAACCCACAGAUGCAUUACCUUGGAUCCAUAUCAGAAUCCGGGCAUCAAGCAUCUUGCUUAUAGCCAGUGAGGUUCUGGCAAUAUCCCAUUUCCUAACAGUGAUGUUUGUUAGAAAGGAGACUUCUCUCAUAUACAAACUACUGGUGACCUACUUUGUACCAAUUAUUGGAUUAUUGUUGAAUCUGAUCAACGGAGUCAGACUCCUUAGGCUCUGGUAUGUCUACUAUCGGAUUACUAAAACCAUCCGCAGAAGGAUGAGGCAUGAAGACCAGGUCUUCAACACUGUCUUCGCUGCACGCGAAGGCUACAGCGAAGCUAGGCAAGAAAUGGAGGCUGCAGGAAUCGAUCCUUCCGAGUUAGAUGAAAUUCAAAGGAUGGAGGUCAGAAAUGUCCGUAGAGCCCUCAGCCAUUUCGGGAGCAGGGCUUUACAAAACAUCAACAUGAUGAGGAUGAUCUUCAACAUUGAUGGUGACCGUGAUCCUGACGAUACUGAAGAGAAUAGGAUUAUCCUCUUUACCAAAAUUACUAGCUUGCCCUACAACAAAGAGAAGCAUGGAGAACAUGAGUCUUGCACUAUCUGUUGUUCAGAAUUCAUUGAAGGGAAAUACAUUAAGAUGCUUCCAAAAUGUUCACAUAUCUUUCACGAAGACUGCAUCGAAGGAUGGAUUCUGAAGGCAAAACACCGUAUGAUCUGUUGCCCGAUAUGUAGAACUAACAUAAAGGAAGAGAUUGACAUCGAGGAUCAACAGAAUGCCAUCGAGGCAGAAACCAAUGAAGACUCUAAGAGUCCUGAAAUGUCUGAAGGGCAGCUAGGUGCCACAGAAUCCAACCUGCUAGAUCUGACUGAGGUUGCCUCACAAAAUGUGCCAUAAAGUUACUAAAACUUCUUUCUUAAAAAUUUGAUUAU